UUACUCUUUUUUUCCCCUUGCAUUUUUCAGAUUCUGAUGACACUUGUCUCGAUGACACUAUCAUUAAUAUUCCUUUCACCAUUUUGGAAAGUGGACCUACGCAAAUAGCAGGUGCGACUGGAGAACAAUUGGGACACUUGGAAAGACGUGCAGAUGGUACCAGCGGUGGAACCGAUGUACGUAACGAUCCCGAUGAGGAACAGGAACAACCCAAUGUAUUGCUGUCUCCUGGAACAAGACUGCGAUCAAACAGGAACAGGAAUCGUCGCGCCAGAAGAGGAGAACAUAUUGCGCGCACUAUAAUGCAGAGUGCUAGUCGAGAGGCCCAGCUUACCCGGAGAACACAGGAACGGUUCAUGGACAUUGUUCACGACAGCAUGAAAGACUGUAGGAGGACAGAAAUGGAACUUGUAAAUAUUAUGAAGGAAGAUGUUAGGAGAAGUGCACAGGACAGACAGAGAAUGUUGCAGUACAUGGAGACCAUGACUGAACUGUACCGGAGGAAAGUAGAUCAUGAAUGUUCACUUCCAACGGGACAACAUGUUUCUGUCGCCCAAGGAACUAUGCACACAUCAUUCAGGGCAUCUCCGGGUGAUAUUCCUCCCUCAACACCAGGCCCAGCUGUAUGUACAGAUUUUCAGGAGCAACCAUCCACAUCGUAUGUUGGUGGGCAAUUUCAAGGGAACAAUUCCCCUGAACUCUUUGAUGAACUUCCUCCUGCUUAUGCUCCUGAUGGUUGUCCUGUCACUCCUACUAGUAACAUUCUAGAUGAUGACAACACAGUAAAGAACAUCAACAGGGAUGUUCAGAAUGUUGUGGAAGUCACUGAUCCCCCUCAGAAUGAAGGCUGCAUUGGAACCGUGCAAUGUGUGAGCAAUGCUGGAACAUCUUCCUUGCAAUGCGCGGUUGCACCUCAACAAAAACAAAAUAAACCAUGCAGUUCUCGUACUGGGAGGAUAAUCAAGAAAAAAAAAAUAUUUUCCCCAUAA